AUGAAGAAGCGCCCUUAUAUUAUAAAACGCCCGUUUCCCAAAAACCGCUUUGCCCCUCAAGUCGCAACGCAAAUCUAUUGUCCGAAUUUUCAAACAACAGUCAAACAUUUCGCUCCCCAAAUCCCGUAUUAACACGUGUCGCCUAAACCCUAAACCCCAAACCGCGUGUCACGUAAUCCCUGCAACAUAUAUAAAAUAUAUAAUCCCCUGAUACCCACAACGGAGUCCAGGAGCAAAGAGAGAUGAAUGAGCAUAAACAACACGAGGAAGACCACUUCAGUCGCUUACCGGACGAUCUUGUCCGUCUGAUCUUCGCCACGCUCCGAGAUGCCAGAUCUCUUUCCCUGUGCUGCGCAGUAUCCAAGCGUUUCUCCUCCCUCGCCCCCCAAACCGACGACGUUUCCGUCUCCUUCCGUCGCCAAAAGCCUAGAUCGGGCCGCAGGGGUGUUUUUGUGAGUUUCUUUAAGAUUCUGGUCAAUAAGUUGAUAUCCAAGCCUCUUCGCUGCGUCCACCAAAUCGGCGUGCCCGACUCUGUUGUCACCAACUCGGACCGUGUUGACUCGUUCCCCUCGCUCGACUUAGUCCUGAAGCAAUUCUCCGAGGUCAAGUCUCUGCACCUCGAGCUUCCCUCCCAUGGCCGCGAGUUCGGAUCCGGCGGCAAGUCCCUGCUCAAGUGGAGCGCCGAGUUCGGAUCCGCACUCGAGAGCUGCGCGAUUCUCGGAGCUACAUCUUUCCAAAAAUCGAAGCCGAAUGGCGGUAAAAGUUCCGAAGAGCAACGAGACCAGAGGGAAAGAGUCGAGCCGAGCUGUACCGGCGACGAGUUGAAGCUGCGAGUCGUGUGGAUGAUCUCUUGCUUGAUUGCAGCAUCCGCAAGGCAUUACAUGGUCAAUCGGAUGAUUUUGGACCAUCCGAUGCUCGAGAGUGUCGUGAUCACGGAUUCGAAGGGGCAAGGGAGGAUGCGAAUGGGAGAAGAGCAGAUGAAGAAGGCGAGAAGUUCCGAGAACUCGCCGGCGACGGCGGAGUCGACGUUUGGGAGGACUAGGGUUCCGAAUUUGAGGAUGAACCUGUGGUUCGCGCCUCGGCUAGAGUUACCGAGGACCGGGUGGGUGAUGAAGGGGGCCACGCUUGUCACGAUCAAGGCCAUUGACGGGCCGAUCGGGAUUGGGAGUGAUUCGGAGAUGCUGGCCGGCGCUUUUGAUGGGGAGGAGAGAGAGGAUGCGUUUAGGGAAGCCGUGAGAAAGAUGGUGACGAAGAAGGAGAACUACAUAAUGGAAAUGAAUUCAUUUUGAAUGAACGCAUUUCUGUGUAGAAAAAUAUAUUUUCAAAAUUGGACGGCAUCCUUGCUUAAUUUUCUGUUUUCUAAUAUGUGAAUUUGUAAAGCUGUAGAUGAGUCAAAAUUCUUUAGGGUGCGUUUGUUGUCAUUGCCAUUGCCAAUUUUCUAUUUACAUUUUUUCUAAAUGCAAAAUGCUGAAUAAUUGGUGUAACUUUAUUGUAAUAGAAAACUAAGUGAUUUCCACUUUCA